AAUCCAUUGAACUUUGAACCUGCCUGCAGAACGUGGGCUUUAUACUAUCAGUGUUACAAAUAGCGGAUGAUGGGUGACGCGGUAGGACACGCUGUACAAAUAAUCAAUGUAGAGGAGUGCAACAAGAAGACUUCGUUCAGCUUAAAUGAAGAGGCGUUAUCGGCUAUUCUUUUGAAACCAGAUGUGCGUGAUAAAAAAGUCGUAGUUGUGUCAGUUGCGGGAGCCUUCAGACAAGGGAAAUCAUUUCUGUUGGAUUUUUUCCUUCGUUACCUAUUGUGUGAAGAUCGCACAAACUGGCUAGGAGAUCCGGAUAGACCCCUGAAAGGGUUUCCUUGGAGGGGUGGUUCUGAAAGAGAUACUGUGGGUAUCCUGCUUUGGAGUGAACCUUUUGUUAUGACCCUACCUUCAGGCGAAGAGGUUGUCGUUUUACUAAUGGACACACAGGGUUCUUUUGACAGCACUAGUACUGUGCGUCAAUGUGCCACAGUCUUCGCUCUGAGUACAAUGUUGAGCAGCAUCCAGGUUUACAAUAUACAUGGUAAUAUCCAAGAAGAUCACCUCCAACAUCUUCAUCUAUUCACUGAAUAUGGUCGGUUGGCAUUAGAGUCGGAAGUUUCUGGGUCUCCAUUUCAGCAUUUGUUGUUUCUUGUUCGUGAUUGGAGUUUUCCUUACGAAUACAAUUUUGGAAAAGAUGGUGGUAAUCAGUUGCUCAAUAACCGUCUCAAGAUUGUUCAAGAACACCACACAGAGCAUCAAACUGUUCGUCGCCAUAUUCGGUCGUGUUUCUCUCAGGUGGAUUGUUUUCUAAUGCCUCAUCCUGGUCUUAAAGUUUCAACUAAUCCGAAGUUUGACGGGCGAGUGAAAGACAUUGAUCCCGGUUUCGUUGAAAAUCUCAUAGUUCUGGUCCCUCAUCUCUUAGCUCCAGUCAAUUUAGUUGUCAAAAAAAUAAAUGGCCAAGAAGUUACAUGCCGUGAAUUAUUUACCUAUUUCAAAGCAUACAUAAAGAUUUACGAGGGUGAUACUCUUCCAGAACCACGUUCAAUGUUGGAGGCGACUGCAGAAGCAAAUAAUUUAAAUGCAAUAUUAACUUGUCAAGAAAUGUACACAGAGGCGAUGAACAAGGUAUGUGGACCAGACCGACCGUACAUCAACCCGAAUGAACUAGAUGCAUUGCAUUCGAAAAUAUAUAAUACUUGUAUUGAGAAGUUCAAUAGUAUCCCUAAAAUGGGUGGUGAAGCAUUUUCUGAAGAUUAUUUGCAUCGCUUAAAGGAAACAAUGAAGCAAAUGGGAGAAGACUUCCGCUUAGCGAAUUCCAAAAAGAACAUAUUUCAAACGUUUCGUACUCCAACCGUCUUGGUUGUUAUCCUACUGCUUUUCUAUGUUGUCACAGGAAUAUCUGAGUUCAUUGGCUUAUCAGUGGUUUCAAAUGCUCUGACUAUGCCGUUCUACAUUGCUUUAAUAACAUUGUUUACCUGGUUGUUUUUAAGUUAUACUGGUCGAGCACCGGAAUUAGCUAAUGCUAUAGACCAAUCAGCUGAGUUAGUAAUGAAUAAGGUCCUCACUCCUGCAAUAGAAGUAGUUGGCAGACGUGGAAUAGCUCAGUUAGUUGGGGGUGGUGAUUUGAUUCCUCCUAACGACCAUACUACUAGAAGAUGAAAUAUUUAGUUACAUCAAGUUAUAUUUUAUCACUGUUCUUAUAACUUAACAGUGCUACUUUAUUAUUCAACUGAAUGUGAAUUCUGGUCUUAAUCCUUCUUUCUUCUCUGUAAUAUAUGAUUGUAUUGAGGAUUACUGUGAUUCAGUCCUACAGCUCCAUCUUGACCUUUGUAAAGUUCAUUAAGAGACUGUCAGUCUGAAAUUGUGAACAGUCUCGGUUAUUUUGCAUAUAUCUUACCAUAAUUUUGGGGUUUUAUGUCUCUAUCACAUCAUUGGAUUGUACUUGAACUUAUUUCUCCAUAUGUAUUAUUUUAAGCCACAUACCAAAUAAGUUAGAUCUGUUCACAUAUAUUUUACAACCCUUUUAUUCUAUUCCCAAAAGUAGAAUGGAACAAGCAAUGUGAUUGUCUUUUGCUUCGAAUAAAAGAAACAACUUAAUCAUAAGUAGUUUGAAAAUUAAAUUAAACAAGUGUAUUUAUUCACGAUAUUUUUAUUCAUCGAGUAGUCAUUGCUGUGUAUUUUUUCCUGCAACAUAUACUUUUCUCUCCUUAA